CUAUAAAGCUGGUUUGCUUUCACUGAAAACGUUAUAUUCCUUAGAUUGAGGCAGGUUUCGUGAAGUAUUGUUGGCUUGGUUUUCUUUGGGGGAUGAAGGUCAAGAAAAUAAUUUUUUAAAAAAGGAAGGGGCAGGCUGAAAAAGCAAAAUCAUCAUGAAUUUUGUUGUCACAUCGUGCCGGUGUUAUAACCAGCUCUGUAGACUGCCGCACUGAAAACAUUUCUAUGAGAGAAUCCUGCUACAUCACAGACGCUGGAAGUUCUGAUGUUCCAUUGUAAUCACAAUGGAAAGUCCUGACUUGACUGGCACCCUCAGGAAGACCCCAAGCCUCUAGCAGUACCUGGUAUCAUCUCCAGCAUGUUGUAGAUGUGGAGGAUUCACUGGGAUAUUGAGAAAUACCAGAGGCGAAUUGUUCCACUGUAGUCACAGUAAUGAAAGGCAGUAAUAGAAAUAAAGAUCAUUCAGCAGAAGGAGAAGGAGCUGGAAAACGACCAAAACGCAAGUGUCUUCAGUGGCAUCCAUUGCUAGCAAAGAAACUUCUUGACUUUUCAGAAGAGGAGGAAGAGGAAGACGAAGAGGAGGAUAUUGACAAGGUUCAACUUCUUGGGGCUGAUGGCCUAGAGCAAGAUGUUGGUGAGACUGAAGAUGAUGAUUCGCCAGAACAGCGAGCCCGUAGACCAAUGAAUGCAUUUCUUUUAUUUUGCAAACGCCAUCGCCCCCUUGUCCGUCAGGAACACCCCAGGCUUGAUAACCGAGGUGCUACCAAGAUACUAGCUGACUGGUGGGCUGUUCUCGAUCCAAAGGAAAAGCAGAAAUAUACAGACAUGGCCAAGGAGUAUAAAGAUGCAUUUAUGAAAGCAAAUCCUGGCUACAAAUGGUGUCCUACUACGAACAAGCCUGUGAAAUCGCCAACUCCCACAGUCAAUCCACGGAAGAAACUUUGGGCCUUUCCAUCUGACUCUUCAAAAGACUUGCCAAGCCCCAAGAAGGCAAAGACUGAAGAAAUGCCUCAGCUGAACUUUGGAAUGGCUGAUCCUACUCAAAUGGGAGGCCUGAGCAUGCUGCUGUUAGCUGGAGAACAUGCUCUUGGCACACCAGAGAUGUCCUCUGGUACUUGCAGGCCUGAUGUUUCAGAAUCCCCUGAAUUGCGUCAGAAGUCACCAUUGUUUCAGUUUGCUGAGAUAUCUUCAAGUACAUCCCACCCUGAUGCUCCUACAAAACAGUGUCAAGCAUCAGCCUUGUUUCAGUUUGCAGAGAUCUCUUCAAACACUUCGCAGUUGGGUGGUGCUGAGCCUGUAAAACGCUGUGGGAAGUCCGCACUCUUUCAACUGGCAGAGAUGUGCCUGGCAUCAGAAGGAGUGAAAAUGGAUGAAACAAAGCUAAUAAAAGCAAAAGAAUCAGAUGGUGGAAGAAUCAAAGAAUUGGAGAAGGGAAAAGAGGAAAGAGAAAUAAAAAUAGAGAAAACAGAUGAAGCUGGGUUACAAAAGGAAGGAGAAUUUGAAAAAUCAUCCAAGGAGAAUAUAAGAGAUUCUAAGGAAUUUAGAAAUUUUGAGGAGCUACAAAUGGAUAAUGUAAUGGCUAUAAAAAUGGAAGACCCCAAAGAAAUUAGAAAGGAAGAAUUAGAGGAAGAUCAAAAAUACAGUCACUUCCCUGAUUUUUCAUACUCUGCCAGUAGCAAGAUAAUAAUAAGUGAUGUUCCCAACAGAAAGGAUCACAUGUGCCAUCCGCAUGGAAUUAUGAUCAUUGAGGACCCUACUGCUCUAACCAAACCAGAAAAGCUAAAAAAGAAAAAGAAGAAAAGCAAAAUGGAUCGACAUGGAAAUGAUAAAUCCACACCCAAAAAGACAUGCAAAAAGAGGCAGUCUUCAGAAUCUGACAUUGAGAGUGUCAUAUAUACCAUUGAAGCUGUUGCAAAAGGAGACUGGGGUGUUGACAAACUUGGAGAAUCCCCACGAAAGAAGGUCCGCACAUCCUCAAGUGGCAAGGGAAGCAUUUUGGAUGCCAAGCCACCAAAGAAAAAAGUGAAAUCAAGAGAGAAGAAAAUGUCAAAGGAGAAAUCCUCAGACAUCACCAAAGAGUCAAGACCUCCAGAUUUCAUUAGUAUUUCUGCCAGCAAGAACAUUUCUGGUGAGGUGCCAGAGGGUAUAAAAGCAGAACCAUUGACUCCCACAGAGGAUGCACUACCAACCAGCCUGUCGGGACAGGCUAAGCCUGAGGACAAUGACUGUCACAGAAAAAUAGAGACCUGUGGUUCCAGGAAAUCUGAGAGGUCUUGCAAAGGUGCUCUUUAUAAAACCCUGGUGUCUGAGGGCAUGCUCACCUCUCUGAGAGCUAAUGUUGACAGAGGUAAACGAAGCUCAGGAAAAGGGAACUCCUCUGAUCAUGAAGGGUGUUGGAGUGAAGAAAGCUGGACCUUUAACCAGAGUGGGACCAGUGGGAGCAAGAAGUUCAAGAAGACAAAGCCCAAGGAAGACUCUCUCCUUGGCUCAGUAAAGCUGGAUGAAGAAUUUGAAAAGAAAUUCAACAGUCUCCCUCAAUAUAGUCCUAUUACAUUUGAUCGGAAAUGUGUACCAGUCCCAAGAAAAAAGAAGAAGACUGGAAAUGGGUCCUCAGAACCAUCUAAAACCAGCAAAGGUCCUUUCCAGUCUCAGAAAAAGAACUUAUUCCACAAAAUUGUCAGCAAAUAUAAGCACAAAAAGGAGAAGCCUAAUGUUCCAGAAAAAGGAAGUGGGGAUAAAUGGUCAAACAAGCAACUCUACUUGGAUGCCAUUCACCCUACAGAAGCCAUAUUUUCAGAAGACAAAAACACCACAGAGCCUGUUUAUAAGGUUAAAAAUGUCUCAUCCAUUCCCAACACUCCAGAGCCAACAACAAUGCAAGAACCUUUGGUGGGCAGCCAAAAGAGAAAAGCAAGGAAAACCAAGAUCACACACCUUGUCAGGACAGCAGACGGCCGGGUAUCACCAGCAGGAGGUACUUUGGAUGACAAACCAAAGGAGCAACUGCAGAGGAGUCUCCCUAAAGCAACUGAGACAGACUGCAGUGAUGAGUGCUCACACAACACUGAGGCUGAGGAGACACGGAGCAGCACUCCAGAGAUGCCUGCUGUGUCUGCCUUCUUCAGCCUCGCUGCACUGGCCGAAGUGGCAGCCAUGGAGAAUGUGCACAGAGGUCAGAGGUCAACUCCGCUCACCCAUGAUGGACAGCCAAAAGAAAUGCCACAGGCUCCUGUACUUAUUUCUUGCGCUGACCAGUGAAGCGCCCUUUAAUUGUAAAACAUUGUGCUUUACCUACUACCCUAGCCUUGUCUUUACCAAGGGAUGCUAGUGAGUCCAUGUGGUGGAAAAUAUAGACUGCAAACAAGUGCUUGUUGCCCUACAAGGCCCAGACUCACUUGAAGCAGAAGUUAGCAUCCUGGGCCAGUUUGUUCUUUUGGAACCCAGAAUCUUUAAGGGUGAUGUUAUCUGAUACUGAACAGAAACAGAAUGAUCCUGGAGCUUUGCUUUCCAUUGAAGGCUUUUGACAGUAAUAGGUGGUGACUUGGUAAAAGGCUGCCUUUACUGUAGCUCAUCCAGCAUCUCUUUUACCAACCAGAGAGUGUGAAACUAGUUUCAUAUAUUACCUAGUUAUUCUUUCAAAACAAAACAAAAAACAAACAAAAAAAAAACUGACGCACUGCACUAGUUAUUAUUAGAUAUUCUUAGUCUUUUUUGUACAUGGAGAUUUAAGUUCUAAGAUGGUUUAUAUAAUAGGUUAUACCUACAUUUAUAUUGUAGAAUAAAUAUUAAAAAGCCUGUUCCAGAGACUCCCAAGCAGCAUGGGCAGGCAGAUGUACCAUUGUUAGCGGUGUAUGCUCGGCCUCGUGGUCCAUAUAUUCUGCACUUUUAUAUUUGCCACCAGAGUGAUAGUUUGCUGGCAAAAAGAGAGUGAGAGAGAGAGUGAGAGAGAGAGAGAGAGAGAGAGAGAAAAUUACAAUUCUUACAAUCUGAAUUUUUUUCUUAGCCUUGAGUGACCAAGAAGAAUUUGCUUGGGGCAAAUUGUGGCAAAUAUUUUCCCAGACAGGGGAAGAGUCCUGCAGAUUACAGAUUACUGAUGUUUUCAUGCCUUGAGGAUUCUUUUAUUUUUACACAGGGGUCUAAGUGACCAAUGAAUCGUUCAUACAAACAAACAAACAAAAAAAGACAAAAAUAUUAUUCAGAAGUGACCUUAGUAUUACUUCACUAUUCUAAACACAUUGAAGACAUUCACUUCAUGUGGACUUGGAGCUACAGACCUUUCACAUCCAUCACAGACAGACUGGACAUGUUGUAAUUGCUAUGCACAACCUAAUUGGCACUGCAGGUUUUUAGAGUCAUUUCAAGCUUGCUGUUUAGGAGGUAUUGAGUACAUGAUAGGGGAGGUAUACCUGAGGUGGGCCUCUCAGUCAUAGAUCCACCUGCAAGUUCUGUUUCCUUUUUGUGUUUUGUUGCUUUUAAACAUAAAACCAACCAUACAUAUGCCAGUGCCAAGUGGAUUAACUGGCUUAGAACAUUGAACAUAUUGACUUAACCACCUGACUUUCACAGUGUCUUGUUUCCUAGCAACAGAUGCAAAGUGAUAAAUCAAAAUUAGUCUGAGGCUACAGAUUUUACAGGGUAUUUGUUCCAUAGCACAAAGUAUUUCCCCACUUUUGCAUCACAGCACAAACUACCAAAUUUUGAUUAUUGGAUUCCAGCAAUAAUUUUUAAAGGUUUUCAAACUGGUGGAGUUUUGAUAGUUCUAGUUCGAGUUUGAAGCUUUUGAGUUAGAUCUCUAAAUGGUGACAGUUUACAUGGUUUUAUCUAGCUUUCUUAUUUAUACUUGACUGAAUUGUAAUGAUGACUUUUUUUUCUAAUUGUAAUUUGACCUAAUAGCCAUAUAAAAAUGACUCUAUUAAUAUUGACUAGGUUUAGCUUCUCAUGGUUGUAGAUAUUACUUCAGUUUCGGUGCUGGAAAAUAUGUACAACAUAAACUAACAGGAUUGGAAAAACUGAAGAGGGUUUGUACUCUCUCUCUUUUUUUUUUUCAAAGCAGGAAAGAGGGCAGCAGAGCAUUGCAAUGAUGUUCUCAAAAUUGCAUCUUCAUUGUGGAGAUGGAGGAGGCAGGAAUUAGUAGAAGAUUUAUCCGUGGUUAUAGCUUACCCCCAUUCACAUAGAAACAUCAAGGGAAUAGUCCCAGAUUUUAGCAAACUGUUUUUACUAUGAUACAGUUUUAUUAAUAUUUUCUAAAUUUCAAAGCAAAAAGUGAAUGUUUGAAAAUUGCUGGGUCCUGAUGUUGGUGGCUGUUGGAGUUUUGGACCACUUGCUAGCAGUGAUUUAAAAAUUAUAAUUAGCUGAAAUCCAAAAAAACCAAAACAAAACAAAAAAAAACCAACAACAAAAGUUGUGUGGUGCAGAACAUGCAUCUUGACAAUGGUACUAACUUGUCACUCUGUAGAACACAUUAGAAUAGAUCUAGUCUUGCCAGAGCACCCUCCUUCAGUCCUCCGAUUACAUUUCACUAGAGUUCCUUAAGAGAUUGCUGUAUAUUCAUGGGACCUUUUUUUAAAAAGAAGCAAAACAGAAGAUUACUUUUUUCUAUGUGAUUAAUAUCUUACUUGAUCUGCUUUUCCUAAAACCUCAGUGGCUUUUCCCUUAGGCAGGGGUGGGAGAGGGGAGACAACUUCCUGGAUAUGACUGUUUUCAGAUACUUUAAAACAAACCUUUUUGUAGAAAUGCUUAAUUUUUAAGCGGUUAGGCACUGAGAGUAGCAGAAAUCCUGCAAAGCUUUAUAGUUCUUUAGGCACUUGCCUUGUUUCUCUGAGAGGUUUUGAUUCCAGUGGUAGUGCUUCUCAUGCCCUUAAUCUGUUGGAGAGGGGUGUUGGUAUUUUCAGGUAACAUUUGUCAGCACAAGUAUUUCAGACCAGUAUGUAGUGCCCCCCCAUUAUCAUUUUCACUUCAUUCUCUCAUUCUUCUUUAUUUUGGAAAAUCAUAUUGCUAUGGUAUGUACUUUAAUCUGCCAGCAAACACCAUCUACACUAACAUCUGUCCCACAGCAUCAAGAAAAAAGUUGUUGCACCUUAUGUAUAUCUCAAGCAAACCAAAAUAUGAUGCUCUUCUGCUUUGUUUUAUUCUAAAUCGUUGUAUCAUAUCUUUCUGAAACCAUUCUGAAUUUAGUUGAAAUUAUCAAUAUUUAUGCUUUUAACCUUAAUUUCUGGAUUCAAACCUGUAUAUAAAUCUUUUGAAAAAAAAAAAUUGUCCUAGCCCUUCUCUGCAAUGCUGGAAGUGGAAUAUUUCGUCUCAGAUGGAGACGUAGUACUGUUCCAGUUUUCUCUAGCUUUUUAUUUAUUUAGUUAUUCUGGUAUUUCCUAUGUAAUUUUGAAGUGUGUAGAGUAUAUUAUAGUAACUGAAACUGCAGCUCUAAGAAGCUGAGUGAAAGAAAAAAAAUACUGUAAGACAUCCUUGAAGUUUUUAUUUGUUUGGGUACUGUAUUCGAGAUCAGGAAAAGGAAAAUGUCCCAUAGCCACAUUGGAAAUACAGGUUCUUGUCCCCAAAUUAGGUCAAUUCCCAGAUUUUAAAUCAAAACUCUUCAGUAAAUCCUUUUUGAAGAUAAAAUUAUACUAUUGUAAUUAUGACAUCCCAUUUCCCACAAAUGCCAGAAAUAAUUUAAUUCUGUCAAGAUGAUGCCCCAAUGCCAUGCCAGUAAUUCCCAUCCUAUCAUUGUUAUUCUGGUUCCUGACACUAUAAUUAGUGGAGAGAAAAAUAGUUGGAACACUAUGGGGAAAAAAGGCGCAUCUGAACUGGUCUGGUUGUUUAGAAUUUGACAUCUUCAAUCCCUGUCCUUUUCUUAUUAAGUCAGAUGCUACUCUAAGUCAUAUAAAAAUGUGUUUGCACUCUGCUGUCUUUGGCUCAAUGUAUGGAAGUGUUUGUACCUAUGUCAAAUCUUUAACAAAUUAUGAAUUGCUAUGGAACAGGAAUUAGCUGAAAACUGAGUGACGUUUUGUUUAUAGGGUGGGUGGGGUAAGGAGUACCUACUAGCUCUGUUCCAAGCUUGGCAUUUGGCGUUAAUGUGAAGCAGUGGGACCAUGCUGCCUGCUAAACUACUGUAUGAAGCUAAGUGUUCUGAAGACCAGCCGCUAGAAGCUGGAGGACAGCAUCCAUUUGACAAAAGAGAAGCACCAACCACAGCAUCGGGGACAAGGAAGGAAAUCUGGAGGCCUGAAGCCAUCAUUUGUGAAGGGAAUAUUGGGGUGUAUAUGAUGCUGUUGAGGAGAUUCACCUCUGAUUGCACUGCUCCACAGAGCCCUCAUGUAAGGCCAAUCCUAAUGGGCUACCUCGGCUUUAAAAGUUAAUUUCAGUAAGUCCUGUUUCAAAAGUUUGUCUUUUUUUUUGCUUCUACCUUCAGUGCCACUAUUUUCCACUGCAGUGUUUUGACUUCACAAACCACCUUCUCCAGAGAGAACAAUGUAUUGCUGAAAAUGGGCAGUAGAAGCAAAUGCUAUUACAUUUGACCUAUAAAGUAUUCAGAGUGACUGCUAGGUGAAAGUGAAAAUUUAGCUUUUCCCCACAUAGCUCUUUGUUUUGCACCUUAUGCAAAAUAUACUAAUUGCUAAUUAGAUGUUGCUUUGUUUAUGCAGGCAUUCCCAAAGAAUUAGAUUUGGACUUCAUUUUAUUUGAGUUUUAGGAUUUUUUAAAAAAUUGUCAUAUUUAGAUUGACUAACAGCAUAACAUAUACUAAAAAAAAAAGAAGCAGUUAUUCAGUUCAUCUUACCAGAUGUGUCUGGUGAAGUAUUCAGGGUUUGAUGGGCUGUUUUGCUUUAAAAAAUUGAUAGUGAUAGCUAAAUUUAUUAUACCACAUAUUAGAUGACUUUUGUCCUUUUUGCUAAGGACAUUAUCUUACAUUUCUGAACAAAGAAGCAGCAGAAGAGUGAAUAACAAAACAGACAUAUUUGAUUUCUGUAGACAUCUCCCAUCUUCUUGUGCUCCCAGUUUCUUCAAAUAUGUAUGCAUUUUCCUUUUUUAAAAAAAAAAAAAGUUUCUUCUGGCCAAAUUUCAUUCGUGUUGGUAUGAUUUAUACCAACAUACAUUGA